AUGAAGUCUUUCUGUCAAGAGAUCCAGCACAGACUUAUCUAUGUGCAGAGAUGCUUCCCCAGGCCUGGUAAAGAACCUGUAGAGCUAUUUCCAAAAAAAACCCCCCCCAAAAAAACAAACCCAAAAAGGAACUCCCUGUACUUCCAUUGCUCCUAUUCUGUCAUAGCCAACAUUGGGAAACUUCAACAUUUUAUUUGGUGUAAAAUGGUGUCCUGAAUUAGAUGUCAACCUAUUAUCAGAGGUAACUCUGAUCAAAGUAUCGUUAAAGUAGGAAGGACUGAAAUGAUGAAUGACUUCUCAUGGAUCAUUAGAGUGUGGCUGAAAAAGCUCUGACUUAAUGACUCAGGAGAAUAUAAUCUUGAGAGCCAUUGCCAAGAGAGAAACAAACUACUGAAUAAGAUCAUGCUGGAAGUUUUGGGACUCUAUGCUCUCAUGGUGCUGAGUUCCUUCCUGCCUACAACUGCCCUGAUCGCUACUGUUAUAUUCCUCAUCACCAUGCACAUCAGAAGGAAAACUAAGGAUGGAAGAAACAAAGCAAGCAGAAUAUCAGCUGGGGAACUGAUUGACAGUACAAUAUAUGCUGUCAUAAGGCACCAACCUCAGCCAAAGCCUGAAGGUGUUACACAUGUCAACAUACGGCCGUCAGCAAAAGUUUUCUUCCACGUUCAAGCACCAGGUAAUUCAGUUCCCUCAUGUCCUGUGGAAUACAGUCCUGUUAUCUUCAGAGCCACAACUCCACAUUCUGGAACUGAAGAGAGAAAACCAGACCCACCUAAACAGAGCAGCGCAGAGCCUUGGGCUUGUACACAGAAUUUUGAUGAACUGCACGUAGAAACCAUCCAUUUGUAA